GAGUUUCAUGUCAUUCAUAGAUUAGUGAAUGUGAAAUGUGUUGACCCUAUGGGUUUUGACUACAAACUGGAGGGAGUUACAAAGGUGCCAUGGGUUUGCGAAAAUUAAAAAAAUUAAUUUUCAACUCCUUUAAAUUUGAAUCUGCUACUAGUCACUUUUAAUGCCUCUAAAUCUAUAGGUAGAUUAUAUUUUUUAUCGGCAGUAUGAAACCGCAACUAAAAUUUGUAUUGUUUAUUUUAAUAACAUUUAAGGGAAAAUAUGUGAAUGGACUUCGUUGUUAUGUGUGUUCUGAUGAAGAUGAGGGUGAGUUGCCGUGUAUAAAUUUUGAUUCAGAAAAGCAAAAAUUUAUUCAACAAUGUAGCAGUAUUCAUCAUACUUGUUACCUAAAGAUUGAAGGUGAUAGAAGGACAAGAUCGUGCGAAACAUAUAAAAUUAAUGACUGCAAAGAAGCUAAUGGGGUAGAAUACUGUUUCUGUCCCACCGAUCUUUGUAACGAAAAAAGUCAAAAGUUUCCAGAUAUUACAGAUGACGAAGAUUUAAUUGAAGGCAGUGGAACGAAAAUGGUAUUUGACGUUUCAAAAGAACAGGAAAUUGAAAUAAAACCCAAACAGAAUGCUACAAUUAUCACUUAUGUACAUUCUAAGGGGUUUGAAGUCGAAGCUAGUCAAUAUUUUGCCUUUUUCAUCGCUAUAUUAAUUAUUUUAUAUUGAAACAGGCAAAAUUAAAAAUGGUUACCACGAACGGAUACUUAUACUUUUUUCAUUCCCAACUUUUAAUAUUUAAAAAAUAUGUACCGCAAAUUUAUAUGUGGCUUCCUUUCCAAGUAGUACCAGAUUUCCUAUGGAUAUUAAUUAAGCGUUAAGCUAUGAAUAUCUAUAAUUGAUUGAACAAACUUGUAAUUACUAAUGAAUCUAUCAGUAUUACAAAAAUUGUGCAUUUAAAAAUUGUUGAUAUUUUUAUAUAUUGUUUUAUUGCUGUGUAAAAGUCACUAUUUUUUAGAUUUCAUAUAAUAUAAUAUGUACUUCGUGCUCAGCAGCCUAAUGUUUAAUCGUGUAUAUUGAUAGACUUUCCAAGACAAUUUUUUGUAUUUUAUAACACUAUUGAUAAUUAUUGUACAUUGUUUUUAUAGUGAACCAAAAUCAUGGAAAGACUUGUAAUUAUGUGACUGAUUUUUAUAUUGUAUAAUUUGUUAUUACGUAUUAUACGGGUUUUCGAAAUGAUUGGCAGGGCUUUUACGCGUUAAAAGAUUUAUUACAUUUAUGAAUAUGCAUUAGACGAAAGAGCAACUCAAACAGUUUUCCAUAUCACAAGUAUUCAAUGUGAACACAUCACAUAGUCACGUAAAAACGAUAAGUAAAUUAGCCAGAGUCUCUCGAGUAAUUUUUGCAACAGCUACCUCAAUCCUGUCUUUUAACUCAGGAAAGUCAGCUGGUAGUCGAGACAUAUACACACGAUCCUUUAGGGUCCCAAACGUAAUAACCACAAGGCGCCAGAUAGGGUGACCUUGGGGGCCAUGGAAAACUAACCCUAUUAUUAGGUCCAUGCAGCGAUCGGGUAAUUGCGUACUUGUUUAUGUUUGGAAAAUAAGAACAAGAAAAUUUUAUUAACAAGAUAGUGCACACUCUAUAUUGUUAAUAAAGUUUUCUUGUUCUUAUUUUUCCAACUAAGAUAAUAACCUAGUUGUGGAGUAUCAAGAUAAAAAGUAUUGGUUACAGUUGCUUCACCAAAGAAUAUACCACAUAAUUUUAUCGCCGGCAUAUUAUGGAUGUUUACAUGUCCACUAAGGUCAAAGUUAGAUUCUUCACUGAAGAUGACAUUGUUGAAGAAAUUUUUAUCGUCAUGUAGUGAUAUUUCGUUAGAGAACCAUAGUCUGAUGUAACAGUUGUUACAGGAAUUGUUAAUUCACGACUAGCCUUUCGUAUGGAUUUCUUUGGGUUACGCGUGAAGGACUCUUUAGAAAUGCCAUCGAAUAUAAUACGGAAUACACCAUGUACUCCAAUUUCCGUUUUUGUAAACUUCAAAACAUGAAAAGCUCUCUUUUGUCGUCAUAUUUGCUACAAGCGCUUCUUAGCGGAUGCCAACGGAAACAAUGCGCGCACAUGCUUAUUGGUGCCAACAAACCUGAGUGGCUCUUUCGUUUAAUGAUCAUUUAUAACUGAAGUUCCAUGUUAUUGAUAUUAUAAAGCGUAAAAACCUGGCUAUUCAUUUUGCAAUAUAAGUACGGUAUAAAAAAUAUAUGUACAGUGCUCAUAUGAGACUCAAACGCUCGAUUCUUAUUGUUGAAUUAAAAGACCGAAUAGUGUGGUGCUAGAUUUUCCAAAUGGUUGAAAUCUAACAAAUUAUUCAAAAGAUUUAACUGCCCCGCAACGCCUUGAAAUACCAUAAAUCAUUUUCAAACAAUAUCAGUAUAACCUGUGUAGGUUAUACCAGGUAUAAUUUUUAAUAGAACAUUUCUUUCUUCUAAGAAUUUGUUCUGUUUCUAUUUCUACUUUACGGGCUUAGACUAAAGAUUUCUACUAUAAAAAGAAGUAGACGUUUAGAAUUAUGAUAGUAUCUGAUGAAUUUAUUUUUUAUCUACGGUGUAUUCAAGUAUAGAAUUUAUCCUGAUUAAUCAAAUGAGUCCUGUGAAUGGAUGAUGUUUAGUAUUUUAUAUUGAAAUUUAAUUCAAAUUCAUAAAUAUAACAUUGAAUAUAUAAAAAUAACAGAUAUACCGAAACAGAUCUAUAAGUUAUGCAUCCUUCCCUUUUAUUGCGUAAGAUAUAUUCACUCUCACGAUUUUUUAAGGAGAGUUAAUUUAAUUCAAUGUUAUUUACAAUUUUAUUUAGUUAAGUUGCAUCAUGAAAAUGUCUGGUUUGCAAAUGCAUACUGAUAUAUGGCUGAUGGCUGAUAUGGCUGAUAAUAUAAAAUCUUCCCAUUCUUCGAAAACUUUUUCCAGUAUAUAAAAUUAGAAUAUAUUAAAACAAGGGGUACUGUUUCAAUGAAUAUUUUUGGAUACCCUAAGAAUCCUAAAUAGGAAGGAGUUCAGUGGAAAAUCAUCCAUGUGGGCGUUUCAUUCUCUUCUCUAUGGCACCUUAAAUUAUUAUUUUUUGUUUCUGUAAAAUAGCUUUCUUAACUUACAGAAGCAAUUACAACUUGCCUGCACCGAUAUGAAGAUGAGUAUUUAUUGGAUAUUUACCAGUAUGCGAGAAAGACAUUUCAAUUUCUUAUGAAAUGUUUAAAAUUUCACUUUUGAUCUAAAUGGUAAUAAAAUCGUUUUCAUCACUAUCAACAGGUUGUGUUGUAGAUGUUUCCAAGGAGAGAAAUAUAAUGAAGUUAAAUAUUGUAUUCUCGAAUGUCAUUCUUCUACCUGGGAAAUUAUCGCUUUACCACUGUCGGAAGGAAAAAAAUAAUGUGGGGAAGCAUUGUCUUGUUGAAAAUGUAAAAAUUACCAUUUACAUAAAUUUGAGUUUCUGGCUAGUGAUGUAAACCUCCUCAUAAUAUCAAGAUAAAUAUUGCUAGUAGAGCUUUCUUCAAGAAAUAGGACCAAGAGAAUAUCAGUCUAAACUUUUUGCUAUUGAUUAUCCAUCAGUGAAACAUAUUCAACAGAAGAAUUCGCAUUAAUUAACGUAGGAACUCUUAAUUAAUUUAUUUUCAAAUUUUUUUCUCAAGAUUUAUUUUUAUGAAAUAAAAAUAUUAUUUGAAA